AUGAAGCUAACGCUUUAUUAUUCUGAUAUGGAAGAAGAUUUUAAGUUUGACUUUGCAUAUGAAAGAUUAAAAAACCAACCUAAAUUUAUGAAUGCGUUUGUGUACACCACCGAUUCAUCAACACCCUUAUUUGAUCCUCAAAAUUAUCAAACUCCAAGUGGUAUCAAUCAAUCUGGAGGAAGUGAGGGGAGUGAAAAAAGAUCAAGACUAGACGAAAGUGGAAAUUUUUCUUCGUCAUCUGCAGAAAGAACACCACAAAGUGCUAACCCCCUAACACGACCAGGGGGUCAAAAGGCAGCAAAAAGGAAAUUGAAGAUGAAGGCAACUGAUGUUGUUGAUCCUUUGCAAGAGAAACUUUCAAGUGUACAACAUUCAAACGAAGAAACUGCAAAGGCAGUGAAGGAGUUCGUUGAGGUUGAACGAAUUAGAGAGGAAAGAAAAAGACAAGCCCAAAUCAUGAAAGAACGGGAAUUAAAAUAUCAACUACUACAAGCAUUACUAAGUCGAGAUACUUUAUCAGAGGAAGAUGAAGCUCGUAAAUAUAAGUUGUGGGACGAAUUAAUGACCAUGUAA